AUCGCAUCUUCGUUUUACAGAAUCGUAUAUUUGACCAUAUUAGGGUCGAUUGGUGUGUGAAGUUUCGAAGAUGGCGAAGUCAGGAUCGGAACGUGUUCUUAAUAAGUUGAAAUUAAGUAUCGAACAGGGAAAUUAUUACGAAGCACAUCAGAUGUAUAGAACUUUAAACUUUCGAUAUUUGGCUCAGAAAAGGUAUACUGAAUUGAUAGAUUUAUUAUAUGAAGGUGCCGUUUUAUUCAUGACUCACGGACAGCAUAACAGCGGUUCUGACUUGGCUGUCUUAUUUGUCGAAGCUCUUAACAAGUCCAAGUUCAAAGUCACAGAUGUCUUUAUAGAUAAAUUGGGGUAUCUUCAUACAAUAAUGAAAGUGGAUUCUCCCGAAAGAAUAAAUUUCCUGACAUCUGCUCUACAAUGGUCUAGCAAUAGCGGUGAUGAACAUUAUCCACGCGGACAUCCACGUUUACAUCAAUUAGUAGCUAUUACAUUAUGGAAAGAAAAAAACUAUGCACAGUCCAAAUACCAUUUUAUCCAUUCAACUGAUGGAGAUGGAUGCGCCACGAUGUUAGUUGAAUAUCAUUGCACUAAGGGAUAUCCAAAUGAAGUGGAUUUGUUUAUUGCCCAAGCUGUUUUCCAAUAUUUGUGCCUUAAAAAUAAAGCGACAGCAACAAUAGCAUUCCACGCAUAUGCACAGAAACAUCCAAAAGUAAACCCAGCACCUCCCUUUCUUUUACCACUUCUUAAUUUUCUUUGGUUUCUUCUUCCUGCCAUUGACAAUGGGAAGCUGCCUGUGUUUACAGUAUUGUGUGAGCAGUAUCGGAUAGCAUUAAAUCGCGAUCUAACUUAUUUAAAAUAUCUUGAUAAAAUUGGCCAGUUAUUUUUCAGAAUGCCUCCACCGCCACCAAAACAGCAAGGCCUUUUUGGAAACAUCCUUCAGUCACUAUUCAGCAGUUUAGAGGAUGAUGACAUGAGUAGCGAAGAAAACAUGGCACUCCCGGGUCCGUCAAAGGUCACAUUGGAGACAAUACAGUAUGAAGAAUUGGACUAAAUUGUUUAUCGGUGAUUAGCAUCUAAUUUAUGUUCAGAUCAAAGAAAAAAAUAUUGUAAAUUCUUUAACAUUGAAAAUUCUGUUCAACUCUGGAUCUAGGGAGGAGGGGAGUCGACAAUAUAUAUAUAUAUACAUACAUACAAAAUAUAUAUAUAUUUUAUUCUUCAUAUUUGGAUACAGAUAUGUCUCCUUGUAUAUAAAUUUGUUGAAGUCAUAUCAGUAGAUUUGACUAAUUUCUCUUUUAUUUUUCUUUUUCCCUUCUAUUUUCACCUCACAGAAAACAGUAACAGAUAUUAUAGAAUUUGAUAAAUGUUUAUUUUAGAACAGUAACUUAACAACUUAACAAAUAAUUAAAUAUCUUCUCGCCAUCCUUCAAAUUUUAGUCUCCAAAGUACCACAGAACUUUGAGGAUAUAAAAAAGAAAAAGCUCUAGAAGAAAUGAAAUUUUAAUAGCAGGAAACAAACUAAA